UGUCAAUAUUUGAGACCAAGGAUCAGCAGCUCUGACGGUGAGAUUCAGUUUGAUCCAAAAAUGAGACUGAACCAAACUCUGUGUCUCCUGCUCUGCUCCCAACUCAUCCACUGCAACGUGUUCGUGGAGCGGGUCGGGGCGCUGCAGUUGCUCUCUUCUGCCCCCAGGAGGCGUCGGGCCAACGCUCGUCUGCUGGAGGAGGUUCUUCCUGGAGACUUGGAGCGAGAAUGUUACGAAGAAACCUGCUCCCAGGAAGAAGCCUACGAGAUCUUCCAGACCCGAGAGAAGACGUUGGAGUUCUGGUACAGAUAUAAAAGUGUGAGCCGGUGCAGGUUGAGUCUGUGUUUAAAUGGGGGACUCUGCACUUUGGACCAGGGACACGUCCAGUGUCUGUGUCCCCCCCAGUACCACGGCCCCCUGUGUGAGACAGAGCGCAGGAAGUGCUCCUUCAAAAACGGCGGGUGUGUGCAGUACUGCUCGGACCUGCCGGGGGGCGCCGGGGUGAAGUGCGGCUGUGCUGAAGGAUACAAACUCAACCAGGACGGACUCACCUGCAGCCCGACAGUGGAGUUUCCUUGCGGUCGACAACAAAACCAGGGGUGGAUCCGGACCCGGUCUCUGUUGCUCCCAGAUCACAACCAGGACCAGAACUGGACUCAAGACGAGGACUGGAACCGGACUGAGACCUGGAACCGGACCUGGACUCUGGAGCCUGUGAAUCCCUCUUGGGCGGAGCCUGAGGGGAACGUGACCUCUGACCUGAGAUCUGGGCGGGGCCAGGGGGAGGCGCGGAUCGUGGGCGGGGCUCUGGAGGUGUUGGGAGGAAGUCCGUGGACGGUUCUGAUCCGGAGGGAGGACGGGUUCGGGUUCUGUGGUGGAACCCUGGUGUCGGAGCGGUGGGUCCUGACUGCUGCUCACUGCUUCCAAGAGACGAAAGCCCAUCACAUCACUGCAGGUGACGUGGAUAAGAUGCGUCCGGACCCCGGGGAGCAGAAGGUGCUGGUGCAGAAGGUUCUGGUCCAUCCUCAUUUCCACGACUUCACGUUGGACAGUGACGUGGCUCUGAUCCUCCUCAAGACCCCGGUGCUCUUCAGCUCCUCCAGCCUCAGCGCCUGCCUCCCAGACCCGCACCUGUCCACCUACCUGCUGCGGAAGGACGUUCAGGGGGUGGUCUCCGGUUGGGGCACCACUCAGUUUCUUGGGCGCAGUUCUCGUUUCCUGAGGAAGGUGACGCUGCCCGUGGUGAGCUACGAGACGUGCAGCGGGUCUACGGAGCAGGUCAUCACUGAUAACAUGUUCUGUGCCGGGGUGGCGGACGCGUCGCGGGACUCGUGCAGCGGCGACAGCGGGGGGCCCUUCGUGGUCCACUUCCGGGGCACGUGGUUCGUGACGGGCGUGGUGAGCUGGGGCGAGCAGUGCGCCGCCCGCGGGAAGUACGGCGUCUACGCUCGGGUCGGACACUUCCUCGGCUGGAUCCGGGAAACCAUGGCGACGGAAGAGAGGAGGGAGGAAGAGGAGGAGGAGGAGAGGAGGAGGAGGGACCGGGCUCUGAACCAAACCCAGACCCAAGACCAGAACCAAGACCCGGUCCAUAAAUCCCAGAGUCUGAAUCAAACCAGACACAACGAGACUGUGAAUCCUUAAAGACGAUAUUUAUUUGCGCGGAGCUUUAAAGACGAGAAUGUGACUCUGUGAAGUAAAAACUUUAAAGUUUCAAAUCACUAUUUUCAUUUUAUUGGAUAUAAAGUAAAACAGCAGAUUCACAGGUUUGAUAAAUUUAUAAAAAUAAACUUUCAUUUUUGCUGCUUCCAUAAAUGUGCCGAGUCUGUGGAAGAUUAUUUGUUCCAUAAGAUUUCGAUUAUUUUUUUUUUUUUAACUUUCAUCGCCUCAGAUCAAUUUACAUCAACACCUUCACACAAUUUAUAUAUUUACUCUUUUUUCCCUCUUUUUUCUA